GUGAACGGCGCCACUUUGCAGACGCUGAUUGCGCGCGCUUUCUUCUAGAUUCUUCCAGAUUCUCGUUUGCUCUCGUCGAUUGUCCACGUGCCUUCAUUCCCUUUUCACGCGCCGCAGCUUAUACAUAUUCGCGUUUAUACGGGUUUCAAACGGCGGCGGUGCUACUACAGUAAAUAGUCUGAUGAAUCAAGAAGUUACAAAGUCCAUUACUACGAGUACUCUCCUCCCUGUUAAUGUGGUUACCUCAAACACAGUGGCGCCACAAGUUACUACACAACAGCAACAGCAUACACAAUCAGCAGUCCCCCCUGCUGCUUACAUUAAUCAAGUUACUACGAAUCAGGUGACCAGUAAUCAAACAACAAAUAUACCAAGCCUUACUAAAACACAUGAGCCUGUCAAGAUUAUCUAUCCAACUGUUGGUCAAGUAAUAGCAACCACAGGGGUAGCAAAUGCAAAUAACAAACUUUCUUUUCCUGCACAAACUGUUGGACAACUAGCCAAUGGUACUUUAGGAAUAACGUCGCAGGCAGUGUUACAGACAACAUCAAAUGUUGUUUCUAAUGUUGGCUCUGUCAGUGAAACAGGCAGUCAAACAGUUGCUAGUGUAAAUAAGCAGACAGGUACAGCUUUGGUGAUAAAAACUAGUGUAGCACCCAGUGGCAUGGUUUCGGUUCCAAUGUCUGUUCCUGUUUCUGUGGCUGGCAAUGCAGUCAGCACAGCACUACAGGGUAAAGCUGGAGUUACAUCUACAAUAGUACCUAGCAAUGUGCAAAUUCUUAAUGUUAAUACAAUGCGUCCUGGCACACCAGUGACAGGACAACAAGCAGGAAAACAAGUUGCUCCUAGAGUAGUAAUUGGUCAACAUAUGCUUGGAACAAGACCUGGAGCUCCAGGGAUAACAUUACAAACAUUACAUGGUCUUCAACCUGGAACUCAAGGUCACAUAUUAUUAAAAACAGAAAGUGGGCAAUAUCAAUUACUAAGGGUAGGGCCACCUCCAACAGCAGGUACACCUGGUACUGCAGUUACACCAAAUAGUAUAGCAGGAAAUGCAGUGGUUGCUGCACCAUCUCCAGGCACUACCUAUCGCUUAGCCUCAGUGCCGGCUGUAAGUAGGCUGAACACACAGUUCACUGGCCCACCACUCGCCACCUUAAGAAAAUCUGUUCAGACUGUGGCUGCAACUAUUACAACAGCAACUACAACUCCAGUAACAGUAACUGCAGCUGUGUCAACUGCACCUACACCUCCUGUUACUACAGUUCAAACAGUUCAAACACCUACACCACGUCAAACUACAGAUAAUACCAAAGAAAAGUGCCGUAAAUUUUUAGCAAACUUGUUAGAGUUAUCUAGUCGAGAACCUAAAGCAGUGGAGCGAAAUGUUCGAACUUUAAUACAAGAAUUAAUUGAUACUAAAGUUGAACCUGAAGAGUUCUGUGAUAGACUUGAAAGAUUAUUAAAUGCAUCACCUCAACCAUGCCUGAUUGGAUUUCUCAAGAAAAGUUUGCCACUUUUACGGCAAUCUCUUGUGACAAAAGAAUUAGUCAUAGAGGGGAUAAAACCUCCUCCAGCUAAUGUUGUUUUUCCUGUAACAUCUGCCACUCCUGUAGUAACGCAGCAGAAUCAGCUUAGACCGACCGUCUCUGUGACACCCACAACAGUUCCUGUAGCUGCAGUUACUGCAAGUACACAAGUAAGAGUAAUGACUCCAAUACCUGCAGCUACAACAACAGUUCCCAGACCAGCUCAGCCAGUUCAACAAAGGCUGAUACGACCUGUUACGACAGUUGUUCGUAGUCCUACAGGAUAUACUGUGAAAUCAACGGUAGCCGUAACUGGGAUUCGACCUACUGUCCCUACAGUUCAAAAACCACCUAUUACAACAACUGUUGUUAAAACAGUUACAACUACAACGCAAGGCAAAACAGUCAACACAACUACUACUGUUAAUAAAGCCAUAGUGCCUUCUUUUGUUCCAAAGCCAGUUACUAAAGAAAAAGAAAAAAAGACAUUUUCAUCUGCAGGAUAUACGGGAGAUGACGAUAUUAACGAUGUCGCAGCUAUGGGCGGUGUUAAUCUUGCUGAAGAAUCUCAAAGGAUACUUGGUUCAACAGAAUUUGUUGGAACACAAAUAAGAUCUUGUAAAGAUGAAGUGUUUUUACAUAUGACGCCAUUACAACAAAGAAUUAAACAAAUCGUUUCUAAUUAUGGAUUAGAAGAACCUAAUCAAGAAGUUGCGGCAUUAAUAUCGCAUGCUGCACAAGAAAGGUUAAAAAAUUUAGUAGAAAAAUUAGCAGUAAUUGCAGAACAUAGGAUAGAUUUGAUAAAGGUGGAUCCACGUUAUGAAGUAACACAGGAUGUUAGAGCACAAUUAAAAUUUUUGGAAGACUUGGAUAAGGUGGAACGUAGAAGACAUGAAGAACAAGAAAGAGAAUUACUUUUACGUGCUGCUAAAAGCCGUGCGAAAACUGAAGAUCCAGAACAAGCUAAGCUAAAGGCAAAAGCUAAGGAGAUGCAACGUGCAGAAAUGGAAGAAUUAAGGCAAAGAGAAGCGAAUUUGACUGCUUUGCAAGCAAUUGGUCCUCGCAAAAAACCUAAACUUGAUGUAGGUGCAUCUGCUAGUAGCCCAGGCAGUAAUACCGGUUUGAACACUUCAACAACUGGAAUUAAUAGACAAAUGCCAAUGAGACCACGUUUAAAGAGGGUGAAUUUUAGAGACUUAUUGUUUUUCCUUGAACAAGAGAAAGAAACGUGUAGGAGUACAAUGUUGUAUAAAUCGUACUUGAAGUGAUGUUCUGUAAAGGGCAGGAACUUAUGUGAUCCGCCCAAUUUCUGGCGCCCUACCUGUAUGGUCUUGUGUGAGCUGGCCUCAAUGGACCUUAACGAAUCAUGUAACGUUAGUGUACGUUGCGUUGUACAGUGUUUGAUAAGUUACAUACAAUUCAUUACGAAUCACAUCAGGAUUCCACAUACAUUCAAAAUAAGAUUAUUUCUAUCAUGUCGAUAAGCUUCCCUAAUGUAAAUGACUGAAGGUUUUUUAAAUGUAAUAUAAUAGAUUGUUCUUUAUUUUUCAACACAAAAUUGCAUCAUUGAUAAGAAUAUGUGUAUGAGCACAUGCCUGAUGAUCAGUCUUGGGUAGUUUCUGUAUGGCAAGGACAUUGUAUGAUCAUAUAUAAAUGUUGUUAUAUGGUGCAUGUAUGUUGAAUGAAUGAGUGUACAUUAUCAUUUAUGUAUAUGCCUGCUGCAUUGUAACACUUGACCUAUACUUUUGGACACUGUAGCGCUAGUGUAAAGAAUGCAGGUUUUGUUAACAUAGUAAAUCGUAUUUUUGCAAAUUGUAAUGUAAUAUACUGUGAGCACACUGUCCAAAAAGUAUGGAAUAAUUUGUACAAUAUCUUACAUAUAAAAUACAAAAUAGUGAUAAUUUCAAUGUUGGUACAACAGAAUAUAGCUACUCUCCAUGUAAAAUGGAAUUGUUAUCAGUAUAUUAUGUUGUAAUCUACAUUUUCAGUGUUUAUAAAAGAAUUAGCUGUUACGUUUUUUAUUAAAGAAAUAUUUACAAAAGUAAAAAUUACGAAUAUUUUUUCGAUUAAUGUUAAUUUAAUUAUUUAUAUUUCCUCUUUGGAAUUAAUGCAGUUUUUGCUAAUGUUCAAAAAAAGUGUGCUUCACAUAAUCAAUUGAAAAAAAUUCAAAGCGUGUACCUGAUUUAUAAUGUAAAAAAAUUUGCUGCAGAUGUACGUGGGUGCCUAUUAUCGUACAGACUAAUUAAAAAGAUAUCGAUCUUUCCUAAAUUGCUCAUCACAUGAGCAUUUUACAUGUGCCCGAAAUAGAUUUUUGUGGAAUAUUAAAAAAAAAAAAAAAAAGAAAUCAUUGUAUAUGUUUAUUAAAGAUAUCGAUGCAUAUACACAUAUAUACAUAUACAAGUAUACGCACGUAUCAUUUAUUGCGUUUAGAUUUGAUUUUUAGUACAAUAUUGGUCUAGAAUUUUUUAUAAUAGCUUUUGUUGUAAAAUAGCUUCUAAUUUUGAAUGAUUUGUGUUCAUUCUUACAGAUCUAUAUACAGAACAAGAGAUUGAAUUUUCAUUUUAAAUGUAAUUAAAUACUGUACACGAUAACGAUACCAGAAGCCAUCGAUUUUUAUAAGCUCUAGUUGUAAUAUAAAUUUGAUAUAAGUUUGUUGACACAAUAGAAAUUUUUCUAUUGUACUGUCAUAGUUUGGAGUUGCAGAAUAUGAUACGAAGUAUACUAUUUAUUUUUCUUAGCAAUCCAUGUGAAAUAGUUACUUCAGAUUAUCCGAGUAUAAAGAAUUAUAGAGAAUCUAAGAUAUCCUGAUAAUCUGAAUUAACUGUGAUUUCUCAAUCAUUUUCGUGCUUCCAUAUUUUUUUGGAAUGCACGAUACAUUUCUUAACAGGCAUUCAUAAAAUAAAAAAAAAAAAAAUAAUAAAAAUAAGAUAUAUUAAAAAGGCACGUACACCUGUGAGUCUUCUAGUGUAAAUAACGGGAGAAUAAAAAGCGAGUCUACGUAACGUUUCAGUUACAAUUACGUGAAACGUAAUUGCUUCAACGGUUCAAUAUUGAUUAAAAUAAUAAUACGCGCACAAGACUGAAUUGUGUAAAAGAUGUUAAGUUAAAUUGAACUAUUAACAUUAACUAUUAACAUUAUCCAUAGCGCUGAUUAAUUAUGAGAUGAAUCAGUACAAAGGAAAAAGGAAAAAAAGAAAGAAAGAAAAUUAUUUAAAAGUGUAGGUGCAAAGUUAUAAUUGCAAUAUUGAUCUCAGCUAUAUAAUUCUAUUUGUUAUUGCGUGCACCAAGAAACGAUUGCCUUUUUAUAUAUAAAUAUAUAAAUAUAUAUAUAUAUAAUAGCAAUUGAUAAGUUUUUCAUUACGAGAAUGAGCGAGCGAGCGAGCGAGCGAGCGAGAGAGCUUACAAUUAAAAAAGAAGCGGAUCGUUGAAGCAAAAUUAUUCGAAUAAAAAUGUAAAUAAUUCAUUUUUUUAGUAGCUAUAUACUUUUAUCGGAAAAGGCGCACAUACCAUUACUUGUACCAUACUUUUUGCCGCGCACUUCACCAUGUAAAAAAUUUUUACUUAGCUGCGUGUUCCUCUUUACAAUGAUUGCAUCGUUUUUUACGAGCUCGAUUGAAAAAAACGCAAAUUUCCGAAGUUAGUUAUAAUGUUCUCCUUACUGCCACUAGGUGGAAUUAUUAAUAUAAAUAUAUAAAUAGAAGAAUGUAUAAAGAUACAAAAAAAAAAAACAAAAAAAAAGAAA